UGAUGUCAUCCAAUGGAUGAGCGGCUGGCGGCUGCGGUGCGCAUGUAUGCAGUCCGCUGCCUGAACGCAUCACGGCGAACCGCACUUGACAGCUUUCCAGGUUAGAGAGAAAAAGGAGGGGGGCAAAAACAGACCACUGAAAGGGAGGGAACCAGAAUUUCCAUCAGCCAGCCGUCAUCCGCAUCCACCCGAGGUGGAGGGUUUCCCGCAGCCUCUCUAUCUCCCACACCUCAUGCAUCAUUUCUGGGGAUUAAUGAUGUUGUAACGCACAGAUGACAGCGUAACCAGGGCGGUGAGCUGUUACCAGAUACCAAAAGAAUAACACACACAGCCAGCUUUUGUUGUUGAGUCGGAUCCGCCGUGACUGGACAUGAAUUCGGCGGAACAGACGGUUACAUGGCUGAUUACGCUCGGGGUGCUGGAGUCGCCGAAGAAGACCAUCUCGGAUCCCGAAGCGUUUCUGCAGAGCUCCCUGAAAGAUGGGGUGGUCUUGUGCAGACUGCUGGAGCGGCUCAACCCGGGGUCCACGGAAAAAAUUUACCAGGAGCCGAAAAACGACGGCGAGUGUCUGAGCAACAUAAAGGAGUUUCUGAAGGGCUGCACAUCGUUCCGCGUCGAGCCGUUCGAGGCCAGUGACCUGCUGCUGGGACUGAACUUCUCCAAGGUGCUGAGCAGUCUGGUCGCCCUGAAUAAAGUGACUGCAGAUAUCGGCGUGGGCAGUGAUUCGGUGUGCGCUCGACACUCUUCAGCUCACCGCAUCAAAUCGUUCGAGUCGCUGUCCUCUCAGGCUUCACUGGGCCGAUCCUCCAAGCUGCUGCAGAACCAGUUUCGCAGUCUGGACAUGUCGGAAAACAGCGGACAGCAGCUGCUGGUGAAGGCGCGAUUCAACUUCCAGCAGACCAACGAGGAUGAGCUCACCUUUAGCAAGGGUGACAUCAUCGGCGUGACUCGCCAGGAGGAGGGCGGCUGGUGGGAGGGGAUGCUCAACGGCAAGACCGGCUGGUUUCCUAGCAACUACGUGCGCGAGGUCAAGGGCUCUGACAAACAAGUGUCCCCCAAGUCUGGCACCCUGAAGAGCCCACCCAAAGGCUUCGACACCUCUGCAAUCAGCAAGACGUACUACAACUUGGUGUUACAGAACAUUUUAGAAACAGAAACAGAAUAUUCCAAGGACCUGCAGAGCCUCCUGACGAACUACCUGCGACCACUGCAGAGCAUUGACAAACUGGGCGGCUCGGAGGUGGCUCUGAUUCUGGGAAACCUGGAGGAGAUCAGCACCUUCCAGCAGAUGCUCGUCCAAUCGCUGGAGGAGUGCACCAAGCUUCCAGAAAGCCAGCAGAGGGUGGGCGGGUUCUUCCUCAACCUCAUGCCACAGAUGAAGGCUCUCUAUGUGGGUUACUGCUCCAACCAUCCCUCUGCUGUCAAUGUCCUCACCCAGCACAGUGACGUUUUGGGGGAGUUUAUGGAGGGCCGCGGUGCCGUCACUCCUGGCAUCCUCACCCUGACCACAGGCCUCAGUAAACCCUUCAUGAGACUGGACAAAUACCCGACUCUGCUCAAAGAGCUGGAGCGGCACAUGGAGGAGAGCCAUCCUGACAGGCCAGACAUCCAGAAGUGCAUGGCGUCUUUCAAAAACCUCUCCGCUCAGUGCCAGGAGGUGCGGAAACGUAAGGAGCUGGAGCUGCAGAUUCUCACCGAGUCCAUCCGGCUGUGGGAGGGAGACGACAUCAAGACGCUGGGUUCUGUGAUCUACAUGAGUCAAGUGUUAGUCCAGAGUCAUGCAUCAGAGGAGAAGAAUGAGCGUUACCUCAUGCUCUUCCCCCACAUCCUCCUCAUGCUGUCUGCCAGUCCCAGGAUGAGCGGCUUCAUAUUCCAGGGAAAACUGCCUCUUGCUGGGAUGAUGGUGACCAAACUGGAAGACUGUGAAGCCCAUAAAAACUCCUUUGAGCUCAACGGCACCAUGUUCGACCGUCUCCAGGUGGUGUGCACCAACCAGCAGGACCUGCAGGACUGGGUGGAGCACCUGAGCAGGCAGAUCAAACACACCGCAGCCACAGCGCCGAGCCACAAACCCCUCACCGUUCCCUGCCACACGCUCCCGUCUCACCCCCUCACCCCGUCCCGGCAUGCUGAGGGGAGGUCCAUGACGGUGGCUCCUACCUACCACACCCUGCCUCACCCGUCCUCCCACAGCACCUCCCUCAGCACCAUGAUGUGGGGCCCGCUGGAGCCGCCCAACACCCCCAAACCCUGGAGCCUGAGCUGCCUGCGACCUGCACCCCCACUGCGGCCCUCUGCUGCCCUCUGCUACAAGGAGGAUCUUAGUAAAAGUCCAAAGAGUGUGAAGAAACUGCUACCAAAGCGCAAACCUGAGAGGAAGCAGUCUGAAGAGGAGUUUGCCUUGAGGAAGAGUACAGCGGCUCUGGAAGAAGACGCUCAGAUCCUGAAAGUUAUCGAGGCGUACUGCACCAGCGCCAAAACCAGGCAGACUCUCAACUCCACCUGGCAGGGCACCGACCUGAUGCACAACCACGUGCUUGCAGACGUGGACCAGUCCUGUGUGGACUCGCCGGGCCGCCGUAGCAGCGUGUCGCGGCCAGAACUGACCUCCGACCUUUCGGAGGACUCUGACUAUGACUCCAUCUGGACCAGCCACAGUUACAGGAUGGGCUCGGUGCCGCGCAAGAGCUGCAUCUCCCACCAGAACUAAAGAACGUCCAGUACUGCCACGCCGUGCUGCGAUGUAACGUACAGCACGCUUACCUCUUUUACCGUCAAUGUAUUACAAACAAAAACUAUAGAUUUUUUUAAUUUAUCUAUUUAUUUUUUAUUAUAUUCGUUCAUUUUUUUUGGUUAACUUAUUUGGUUUAUUUAUUUUUUUUGGCCAAUUCGUUUGAAGAUGUUUAAAGCAUCUCCCUGUUGCCUUUGCCACUUUCCCUUUUAUGUGCCUCCUCUCUUUCUGUAGUUGUCAUGCAGUAAGUGUUUGGUAAUUAAUUGUUCAUUUAUCUUGAAUGUGACCGCUCCCCUUGUUCGACCAUAGAUGCGGUGGACUCUGGAGUGGAUUAUCGGGGAGGGAGAUCAGGUGGGAGGGAGCAACGGGGACUGAGCUUUUCCUGUCUGAUAUUCAGAUGUAAUUCAGGAACGAGUGUAUUCUAUUUACUGUGUCUCUCCAGUAUGUGUUUCUAAGGGUGUGAAUGCUCAAACAUAGCACAGAUGCGACACAAGCACGCACACAUUCCCCCGCUGUCUGACCACAUAGCAGCAUGCGAGUGUAACGUCCAGAUUCUCAAAGCUUUCCGUCAUCGCUGUCAGCAUAAUUUGCAGUUCUGGUCGUGUUUCCGGCCCUUAAGCGGAAAAAGAUCCAACGUAUUCAAAGAGCUAGUGAACAUUUAAAGCCCUUGCUAACUUUUAGUAGUUUGUGAAAUUCAGUCCGUUCUUUGUCGUUUGUCGUAGCUGCUACAGAAAGAGGAGAUUAUCACAUACGCUUCACUCUCUAGUCAAGAGCAAACUGGGUAGAAGCCAGUGUGCUGGACUUAGAAGAGUGGCUAUUAAGGGUCAGUUCACCCAAAUUACAGAGAACAUGUUUCUACCUUUAAUAGUCUGGAAGCACGCAGAUAGUUUUGAUUUAACAUGUCGAGCGUUUCUGGAAGCCCAGAUACCAGACUCUUGUGUUUUUAGUGAGCUGACCCUUGAUCUCAUUCAUUUUAAUAACUUCUUUUAUUGUGUAGUCUCCUGAACAUCAUCCUCCAUCAGCCUGAUCUUCCAUCCAGUGAGAUCCGGCUGUUACUGUCACAGGGUUGCAUUUAUGCCGUUUUAAAUCUCUUUUUUAAAUCUCUGCUGUAUUAAUGGAAAUCACAUAAAAGCAGGCAUAGUGUACCAGCCAGGCGCUAAGAACCUAAAGCAGUCCUGUCAUACAAACCGGAUGCGUUUGCUUUGGUGUGGAAGUGUCUCCUGGUAGUUCAAGGAAUACUUUGUCAUUUUGGGAAUUACACUUACUCGCUUUCUUCCCUGGAGUUGGAUGCAAAGAUCGAUACUGCCCUCAUAUCUGUUCAUUCGUUGUGAACCUGAAGCUUCACAUAAAGACUGAAGGCUGGAUUGGAACUCCUUUAAGACUUGCUAUUUUAAAACAGAAACUAAAUACGUUCCGUUUAUUUCUAUUACAGUUGCCAUGUCUGUGGUUUUCUCCCCAAUUUGGCAACUUUUACUUCUAGUGUUGCCUUGGGUUGAUAUUUUUGUUUGUUUGUUUGUUUGUCAGGCCUAUUUUGCAUGCAAAUUACAUGAAUAAUAUCUAAAAAAAAGGUUUUUUUUAAAUUUUAAAUGAAAUAAUUUAGCAAGCUGACUCUAGAUCGGUACGUGUACACACAAUGCUGCAGAUCUGGCAACCCUAAUUUUAGCUUUAGAUGUGCUGGCUGGCUGAUAGAACCAAGUGGGAAUUUUUACUUUUAUUUUCUUUUUUUUUAACGCUACAUGUGGCUAAACACAUCAGCUGCAAGCAUGAGCAGAUACUGACCUUUUUCCACUCAUUUUUUAGAAGGAAAGUGUCUCUAAGUUCAUGUUUCAGUCUUUCAGUUUCUGCUCCAAUGCUCAUUUCUUUGACUUUCUGGGUCAGUGUCUAAUAGCCAGACUUUUGGUUUCAUAGUCAACACUUAAACCACCUAAAACCAACAUGGACGCCUAUAACCAAACACCACAUGACAGUUUACAGAAAGAUUCUUCUAAAUAUUAUUUAUACAACUGAGUAAAAUGUAAAGUUUGGUAUAUUAUCUCAACUUACUAAAAGAACACAAUCCAAACUAUUUGUGAAUCAGCUCAUUUUAUUAUUGUUUAGCUCAUUAGAAGGUGGUUGGUGUUAAAUUCAGACGUUAUUUAGAUGAUAUUUUAGUGAUAUCCAGUCAUUUUCUAUUAAUAAGUGAUUGUUUCCAUAAUAAAUAAUGAUGGGAUUUGUAAAGACAUGAUCAUAAUGAAGAUAAAAACAUUAAUUUUAUUACUUUUAAUAAAAAUGUAUGCAGAUAUAGCACAUGAACAAAAGUUCCUCAAUUAUAUAUUGACCCGACUAACUGCUGACUUUAGCGUGGUAUCGAGCUGCUCGUCUAACUCUCUGACAGAAAGCGAAUACAUCUGUCUUCCCAACGUGACGAUCCGUUUCCUCGCGGUGUAGCUAAUGUCGUAUGCUCUGAUAAUUUGAACCGGUUAGCGUGAUAUCACUUGCAAACGUCCCUUGUGUCACAGCAAACUAGCACCUAUGCUCUGCCUCAGAAGCCAGACCCGCCUCUGAGGCUCCCCGUCCUAUCAUGCAUUAAUGACUAUUUUUAUGAAGAAGUAUUUUUCCAGUAUUGGUAUUAAAAGUACAGGUCGACAUCCUCUUACAGUAAGCAAUGUGAGUGACAUAUGGAAAUAUAUUGGUCCACGUUACAGUUUGAACUGAAAAGAUUUCUUUAUUGUAUUUAUUACUUUGUAUACAGGCGUUUUUUUUUAUUUAUAUUGUAUUCUGUAUGUCAAUGUUUACAAAAUGAUCCCUGGAUGAAUCAUUUAUUUUCUUUCUUUUUUUUAAAACUAUGUUUUAUUGGUCUGUAUUGAAGUUUACACUGAUAACAUGAAGUGUUGGAAUUAUUUUGCACAAUCAUGUAACGGGGCCAGCGGGUGGGAGCGGGUGGGCGGGGGUAGAAUCUGUUAAAAUUCUGUACUUUUUGUCGUCUACCUAGAGUGUGUACGAUAUAUCCUAAAGGUAGACUUAAGUAUUCAGUGUUUCUGUAAAGUAAAUGCUCAUUCGUAGUGUAAAUGCUCACCUUCAGUGUUUUGGUAGCAUUGAGGGCUUAAAAAAGAAAAGAGAAAAAAGAAACGAGAGACUGCGAUUAUACAGGAACAUUUCUAUGUGAGCUACUCAUUCAACCUCAGAAUACUGUCAGAGUGGACUUGAAAUAUAAAGAGCACAUACGGUAAAGUCUCCCUAUCUGUAAAUACUAGUCGUCUCGGAGCAAGAAAAAAAAUCCAUUCUACCUUCUAUGAGUAUUUGAGCUGAGAAUCUCACUGUCCUGAUAUCAUGUGCUAUACUUUGUGACAGGUGUAUUCUGUGGUUUAAGAAACUUAAGUCAAACUGUGGGACAGGCAGGGUUGUCUUUAACCAACGGUGUCCUCUGUGUGCUCUAAUGUUGUAUUCAGUUCACACACGUGACCAUGUCUUAUCUGCAAACAGCGCCUUCAGUGUAUUUGUUCUACACUGCUGAAGUGUUCGAGUCCCAAACGCUGUAUUAUGAGUUUUGAAUAAAUCUGUCAUUUGGUA